UAUUUGUGGUCUGUCCUCCUUCACCUCUUUCAUGUUGUCCUCUUAUCGGACUGUCCAGAAAGUUUGCCUGCUGGGGGAAUCUUUUUGACAAGUUCCCAUGCGUUGUCAGACAGCUCCAUAGAAUUCCGUUUCUGAGAACCAGCAGAAGCAAGCAGUGUGACAUUGCAUAACCUGCCUCUGAAGCCAGAGGUAUUUGCCGGGGAGCUCAAAGAAGCUGUUGCCCAUCUGCGAAAUGAAAGAAACAGGCAUCAUGGAUGGUGCGCCCAAGACACUCCUGGCCAGGGCACUUUAUGACAACCGCCCUGACUGCUCUGACGAGCUGGCUUUCUGCAGAGGGGACAUCCUGACCAUUCUGGAGCAGAACGUGCCAGAGAGUGAGGGCUGGUGGAAGUGUCUGCUCCACGGGAGGCAAGGCCUGGCCCCCGCCAACCGCCUCCAGAUCCUCACGGAAGUCACCGCAGACAGGCCCUGUCCCCCACUCCUGAGAGGCCUGGAAGAAGCUCUCACCUACCCAGAGGGGACCUACCAGGUGCCCACCCUGUUCCACCCUCCCCCUCCAGGUCCCAUCUACGAGCAGAUGAAGAGUUGGGUGGAAGGGCCCCCGCCCUCCACUGCCCAAGUCUACGAAUUCCCUGACCCACCCACCAGUGCCAGAAUCAUCUGUGAAAAGGCUCUAAGCUUUCCAAAACAGACCCUCUUCACGCUUCCCAGACCUGCUCGAGCCUCGCUGCCGACUCUGCCUUCCCAAGUAUACGACGUACCUGUCAAGAACCGGGUCCCUGCAGGCCUUAAGGAGCCAGAGAACCAACAAUUGUAUGACAUACCGGCCAGCCCCCGAAAGGCAGGACUCCAUCCCCUGGCCAGUCACACAGGCGGACAGAAUGUUCCCGUGACAUCGACAACUGCCUUAAGAAGAGGUGGUUACAGCACAUUACCAAAUCCUCAGAAAUCAGAAUGGAUUUAUGAUACUCCAAUGUCUCCAAGAAUGGCCAAUGUCAGAAAUACAUCUCUAGCCAGCUUUGUGGAAGAAUCGGAAGCCCCUACUGUCCCCAGUUCUAGCUCCGCUUUCAUGCCCCCAAGCAGCAGAGCCUGGUCCCUCACUCCACGACUAAAUAACAAUGUGCUCAUGCAGAAAAAACUCAGUCUUCCAGAAAUUCCUUUCUGUGGUAUCUCAGCACCCAGGGACACAUUCCCUCUGGAUGAAGGUGUCAGCUACAAGGUUCCUUCAAGCUUUCUGAUUCGCCGGGUGGAACAGCAGAACACCAAGCCCAACAUUUAUGACAGCCCUAAAGCAAUGUUGAGUGUCCCUCAGUCUGGGAAAGAGCUGGGAAAAGCCAAUGAGACUUCUGAGAAUUCCUCAUGGUUCUCCAGACAGGCAACUUCUCUGUCUCCUGAAUCGGACAGAUUAUCCGUUUCCAGUUCUGACAGCAGAGCUAGUGUCCUUUCGUCGUGCUCCACCAUGUCUACCGACUCCUCCUCCAGCUCUUCCUCGGAGGAGUCAGCAAAGGAGCUCUCCCUGGACCUUGACCCGGACUUGGCCAAAGAGACAGCCAUGGCUCUUCAGCACAAGGUGGUCAGUGCCGUAGCGGGCCUGAUGCUCUUUGUAAGUAGGAAGUGGAGGUUCAGAGACUACUUGGAGGCCAACAUCGUCGCGAUCCACAGGGCCACUGAUCACAUAGAAGAAUCUGUAAGAGAAUUUCUGGAGUUUGCCCGAGGGGUCCGUGGGACUGCCUGUAACCUCACCAAUAGUAAUCUCCAGACCAGAAUUAGGGAUCAGCUACAGACAAUCUCCAACUCCUACCAGAUCCUGCUUGAAACAAAGGAGCGUCUGGAUAGCUGCAAUUGGUCCCUGGCAGUCCUUGUGACUGACAAAGUCCAAAACAGCCCAGAUGACCUUGAGAGGUUUGUCAUGGUGGCGCGGAUGGUUCCAGAAGACAUCAAGAGGUUUGCUUCCAUUGUCAUUGCCAAUGGGAGGCUCCUUUUUAAGCAGAACUAUGAAAAGGAAGAGACCGUGCAAUUGACACCAAAUGUAGAAUUUAAGUGUGUAAAAUGCAUCCAGCCUUCUCAAAGAGAAAUUGAGUCACACCAAAGGAGUCCUCCUUUUAAUAAGCAAAGGGAAAAAGAACACUCCCCUGAACUCUUAGAGAAAAAUAGAUCAAAUGUCUGUGGACAGAAUCCCAGCUCUCCUCCACCCCAGCCUUUGAGUCAGCAGACUCCAGAGAAGAAAGUCCAGCUUUCUGAGCACUGCCGGCUCUAUUUUGGGGCUCUCUUCAAAGCCAUCGGCGUAUUUAGCAGCAGCCUCGGUAGCUGCCAGCCACCAGAGAUUUUCAUCACACAGAGCAAGCUGGUCAUCAUGGUGGGGCAGAAGCUGGUAGACACACUGUGCCAGGAGACCCAGGAGAGGGACGUGCGUAAUGAGAUCCUCCGUGGCAGCAGCCACCUCUGCAGCCUGCUUAAGGACCUGGCGCUGGCCACCAAGAACGCGGUGCUCGAAUACCCGAGCCCUGCAGCCCUGGGGCAGCUCCAGGCUGAGGCCCAGCGGCUGGAGCAACACACGAGGCAGUUCAGAGGGACGUUGGGAUGA